CCGGUUGGUAUUUUUGAUGCUGAAACUUAUACCUUACAUUUUCGUUAGAUAUUGAAAGAAUUUUAUGCUCCGUUUGUCACAAAGUUAUCGAAAACUCUGUAUUAUAUGAGAAGGAAGUUAGCUUUUGUUCGGAAGUACGUUUUUAAACCCAAGUACUGUUUAGUCACUCCAGUCCUGUUGGCAAACUGUGCUUUAUACCGCAAUGGAUGACUUUUCGUUGGGUGGGAUGAGUGCUUGGCCUCUGGAUACAUUCGGUUCGUUUGCUUCAAAGUCCUUCCUACUUGAGUUGGCAACUCGGUCGUUGGAUGGAACAAUAAUUGUCAGAGCUGUUGGCGCAGCUACGGAACUGGGAGGCAGCGCCUCUGCUGAUUUGUUGGCUUUACCUCUAAGCGAAACGAUUCGGGCUUGUUCAUGGAUGGACAAGAGUCUUGGUCCUGGAAGUCGCGCAAACGAACUCCGGACUCACCAUAACGUAUCAGACGACCAGUUUCACUGGUACAUUGUUGAACCACUCGUCAUGGGCUCCAGGUGGGCUGAAAUGGACAGUGCGCUGCUGGAGAAGAAAUGGCUGAAGCUUCGUGUUGAAACCAGGCUACCAACUGAUCGACUUGUCCUGUACCUUCACGCAUUGAAUGCUCCUCCGCAGAUCAUCUCGAACUACUUGUCACACUCCGAGAACAAUGAAGAACUGAUAGAAACUGCUACACGUCUGCGAAUGUAUUCAGCCGCGAUCCAGGCGUGCGUGAGACGGAAAGAUCGUGCUUCCCUGCAGGAACUGCUGCAUCGUAUCCCGAAGAAGCGACCAGAACACGCUGAAGUAGUUUAUUAUCUUUCGACGCCGGAGUCAGCGUGUGAACAGUAUCUUCUCCAAGUUGACCUGAUGGCUUCACCAGUGUCUCUCCAAAAUGAGGCGUCCACAGACGUCUUGCUACUCGCUUUGUCCGCGUGCAUAAUGGUUCGAAGCGCCAGAGUGCCUAAACCGAGCGCACAUACCAGGAAUGUUUUCACCAACAUUUCCUCCAGUAAGGAUGACCACCGAUGUUCAAGUGCCCUGUCAAAAGGACAAAAACAUCAAAACAAGUGA